GUGGCCCUCGUGGUAUUUCUUAUCUGAAAGUAAUUAAUUUAAUAAAAAAUGCAAAUCGGACGGUUCAAAGGAUCAUAUCAACGGUAGAAAAUGGGACACGUUAUCGUUUCUGGAUUAAGAAAACUUUGAGUAUAAAUAUAAGAAGCAGAGGACAAGCUUUUUGUAGACUAAACUAAGUUGUAGAAGAAGAACCUCUCUCUCUCUGUCUUAGAAGAAAUCUUUGAAGUUUGGAUUUAAGCUUUUGGGAUAGGUAUGAGAUCGAUUUGUGAAUCUGUACCGGCGGCGAACUCUUCUUCUGCGUCUACUACGGUGGUGAACUCUAUUCCGCCGUUUCUGAGCAAGACCUACGAUAUGGUUGAUGAUCCAUUGACCGACGAGGUUGUGUCUUGGAGUAGCGGGAACAACAGCUUCGUUGUCUGGAACGUGCCUGAGUUCGCUAAACAGUUUCUACCAAAGUACUUCAAGCACAACAACUUCUCCAGCUUUGUCAGGCAGCUCAACACUUAUGGUUUCAGAAAAGUUGAUCCAGAACGUUGGGAAUUUGCAAACGAUGGAUUUGUAAGAGGCCAAAAACAAUUGCUAAAGAGUAUUAUCCGGAGAAAACCUUCUCAGAUGCAGCCUCAAAAGAAACCUCAAGUCCAGCACUCAUCAGUUGGUGCUUGCGUUGAAGUGGGCAAGUUUGGACUCGAAGAAGAAGUUGAGAGACUCCAGAGGGAUAAGAACGUCCUUAUGCAAGAGCUUGUGAGGUUAAGGCAGCAACAACAAGGUACAGAACAUCAUCUGCAGAAUGUGGGGCAGAAAGUUCAUGUGAUGGAGCAGAGGCAGCAGCAAAUGAUGUCGUUUCUAGCGAAGGCUGUCCAAAGUCCAGGGUUCUUGAACCAGUUUUCACAGCAGAGUAGUGAAGGGAACCAACACAUCUCUGAGUCCAACAAGAAGAGGAGGCUACCUGUUGAGGAUCAGAAUGGGAGUCAUGGGGUUAAUGGUCUUAGCCGCCAGAUUGUGAGGUAUCAGUCAUCAAUGAACGAAUCAGCUAACAGUGUGCUCCAACAGAUACAAAGUAUGAGUAGCUCACGUGGCUGUCAUGAGCCCCUCUCCAACAAUCAUGGUAGCUUUCUUUUGGGUGAUGUUCCUAACGUUUCAGACAAUGGGAGAUCCUCAAAUGGAGCAUCUGGAGUUGCAUUCACUGAUGUUUCAUCCAAUGGUGCAAUGAAACCUCACGACCCUUAUGCUCCAGCUGAUCUGCUAGCUCCAAGGCAAGGAGCAGCAGCAGCUUCUGGGAGCUCAAGUUCGGAUCUAGCUGGAUGCGAGACGGACAAUGGAGAGUGUUUGGAUCCAAUGAUGGUUGUUUUGGAUGAGUCAACGAUAUUAGGACGUGAUGGCACCAUAAAUGAGUUGCUUCCUGGAGGUGAAGAUUCAUUGUGGGAACAGUUCUUUGGUGAGAGCACAGAAACUGGCAACAUUGAUGAGCUUGUCUCAGGGUCCAUGGACAAUGAGAUGAUAAUGGAGCAGCUAGGAUUACAAUCCAACCUCAGGAAUGUGUUGAGAAAUAAUCAACAAAUGAACCAUCUUACUGAACAGAUGGGACUUCUCACAUCAGAUGCGCUCAGGAAAUGAAAAAAUCGCCGCAAGUUCCAUAAUCUUUACUCUCAAGAGAUGUAGAAGAUGGGGGUUAAGUUUUGUGGAGUUGCAGCAACAGAAGUAUAAUGAUCAGAAGGAGGUGGUGGUGUAUCUAUGUGUGAUUAAACUCUCGUUCUUGUCAAUGUGUGAUUAAAAAAAAUAAAAGAACUAUGGCUUUGUGAACUUAGCAUUUAUGUGUGGGUAUAUCGAAUUACUUCCGAGAUAAAUCAUUGAUCUUGUUCGAUA